AUGUUUAAUACAAACACUGUUCCAAUGUUCUACUGGAUGAUGUCAGACGCAGACAAGUAUCAGUACAACUGCCUCAGAUACUCCAUUGCUACAACAGCUAGCAAGAACCAACGCAACAAGAGAAUCUCCACAUUCAAUGAAGCAAUGGAUGCCAUUAAGAUGUUCGCCAUCCGCGGUGAUGCCAAUGACAAGCUUAGAUCCCUUGUUUGUGGCAUCUGCUGGUUGAACGAAGGCAUCGCCAUCAACACUCAUCAGCUCAAAACAUUACUCGGAAAAUGCAAAUCCUCAAUCAAUGGCUCACUCCAAAAGAUUGGCUUCUCAUCAAACAUUUCUAGAGCCGAAACAACAAACGCCAUGACAAGAUUCUUCCCAUUCCUUAACGAAAAUUCAUCAGAAUUACGUAAGUGGUCAGUUAGAAACUACCCACAACAAGUUCUCGAACUUUCUUCCCCACCACAAGUUCCACAUGCUGAAGAGCCAGUUCAAAAGGAAGUCGCUAUCGCAGUACAGUCUGUACAGAACGAAUUACCAAUGCCACCAAUUGAAGUUGAGCCACUUAUGGACUGCUUCUAUGAACCAGAGAUCAACGAUUGGCAAUUCGAAGACUUCGUUUAA